AUAUGAAACCAUGAACAUUUAUGUUCAAGUACUUUUCAAUUUCCUAUGAACAUUUCACCAAAAUUCAUCAUUCACACACAGUGACAAUUAUAUUACCCAUCAGGCACGCGGUUUUAGUUCUAGCUAGAAUUAUCAAGUAGCAUGAGUGAAUCAGCUGCUGAUCCCAACACCAAGCCUUCAUCAUCAGCACUGAAGCUAUUCGGUUUUUCACUUACGGCCCAUCCCUGUGAAAAUGGAGUGGCGGUGACGAAGAGCAAGAAGUUUGAGUGUCACUACUGCGGUCGAGAGUUUGAGAAUUCUCAAGCAUUAGGUGGCCAUCAAAACGCACACAAAAGAGAAAGGAAGGUAGCAAGGAUGGCCAUGUUGGAGAACGGGGAGGAUUAUCAACAUCAGCCAUACCAACACCUUCCUCCUCCUCAACGUAGUGAACUGUUUCCAACAGGUGUACGGUACUCCAUUAUCAACCCUAUAUUCGUUACGACUUCUGGCCAGUCCACAACCACAACCAUCAAUUAUAUUGGCAACGGUGGUGCUAAUGUUGGUACAGGUUCGGUACUGCUCCCUAAAGAUUAUGAAGGAAAUGAUGAGGUCAUUGAUCUGCGUUUGAGACUUUAAGUCUCUCUAACUCACAAAUCUCCUGCCGUCGUCUCGAUCAACUCGAUAGUUCAAUCCUCAUGAUGUACGUCAUGCAUACAAAUAUUUCAGUUAUUAUCUCCAAAUAUUCCAGUACGUACGGUUCUCCAUGCUUACCAUUUAGCUAGAAGGGCAUAAAAUAAAGGAAGAUCGUAUAAUUCAUCUUCCUCUAGUCGAUUAGUUUAUUAUUCAGGAAGCUUUUUUUUUUUUUCCCCUUUCUUUAUGUAUUGUCGGAACUUAAUUGCAUGUAAGAAUCAGUGAAGUAAAGUAAUAGACUGGUCUUAAUGUGCG